AUGCAAAAAAAAAAAGACGCCCUGGACACCUUAGACAGCAACUCAGUCUGGAGCGAGGACCGGUCACGUGGGAAGUGGGAGCCAAUUGCCUUCACCCUUUUCCGGUUCCGGUCCUGGGAAGGCCGUGCACAGCGCCCUGCCCCGCCCCGCCCCGUCCAGCCCGCGUGCCUAGAAACCCGGAAGACAGAUUUCACGGCUCCCCAGACGCUGGGCGGGGUCGCGCCGGGUCACGUGACGGGUCAGCUUGGCCCGCCCAGCCGCGCUGCUUCCUCCCUGCCCGGGUUUGUCCCGCGCGCGCCGUGUCCGUCCUCACGUGGUGUCCCGUCUUGCUUCCCGCUCUCCCUGGAACCCCGCCGCCCGCUGCCAUGGCGCCCGGCCAGCUCGGUGAGCCCCGUGCAGAACUCCCCGUGCCUGCGAAGUCCUGGUUUCCCCCCCGAUCGUGCUGGCAGGCAGGCUGGAGCCUUGUUCAGUGUGUCCGACAAAACCGGCCUGGUGGAAUUUGCCAGAAGUCUAACCUCGGUGGGUUUGGAUUUGGUGGCCUCGGGAGGAACUGCCAAAGCCCUCCUGGAGGCCGGGCUGGCCGUCAGAGAUGUCUCUGAGCUGACGGGGUUUCCUGAAAUGCUAGGUGGACGUGUGAAAACCUUGCAUCCUGCAGUUCAUGCUGGAAUCUUGGCUCGUAAUAUCCCAGAAGAUAGUGCUGACAUGGCCAGAUUUGAUUUCAAUCUUAUAAGAGUUGUGGUUUGUAAUCUGUAUCCCUUUGUGAAGACUGUGGCUUCUCCAGAUGUUACUGUUGGAGAAGCUGUUGAGCAAAUUGAUAUUGGUGGAGUGACUCUGCUAAGAGCAGCAGCCAAAAACCAUGCCCGGGUGACAGUGGUGUGUGAGCCCAGUGACUAUGCAGCUGUGUUCGCAGAGAUGCAAAAAUCUGACAGCAAAGACACCUCCUUGGAUACCAGGCGCCAGUUAGCCUUGAAGGCUUUCACUCACACUGCACAAUAUGAUGAAGCAAUUUCAGAUUACUUCAGGAAACAGUACAGUAAAGGGAUCUCUCAGAUGCCCUUGAGGUACGGAAUGAACCCUCACCAAACUCCUGCCCAGCUGUAUACUCUGAAUCCCAAGCUUCCCAUCACAGUUCUAAAUGGAGCUCCCGGAUUUAUCAACUUGUGUGAUGCUUUGAAUGCCUGGCAGCUGGUGAAGGAGCUCAAAGAAGCUGUGGGUGUCCCAGCCGCUGCUUCCUUCAAACAUGUCAGCCCAGCAGGGGCUGCUGUUGGAAUUCCUCUCAGUGAAGAUGAGGCCAAAGUGUGCAUGGUCUAUGAUCUUUACCAGUCGCUUACGCCCAUAUCGACAGCAUAUGCAAGGGCAAGAGGGGCUGAUAGAAUGUCUUCCUUUGGUGACUUUAUUGCCUUAUCUGAUGUUUGUGAUGUUCCUACUGCCAAAAUUAUCUCCAGAGAGGUGUCCGAUGGUAUCAUUGCUCCAGGCUACGAAGAAGAAGCUUUGCAAAUACUUUCUAAAAAGAAAAAUGGCAGCUACUGUGUUCUUCAGAUGGAUCCAUCUUAUAAACCAGAUGAGAAUGAAGUGCGUACUCUUUUCGGUCUUCGUUUAAGCCAGAAGAGAAAUAAUGGAGUCAUCGACAAAUCAUUAUUUAGCAAUGUCGUUACCAAGAAUAAAGAACUGCCAGCAUCUGCGCUCAGAGACCUCAUAGUGGCCACCAUUGCUGUCAAGUACUCUCAGUCGAACUCUGUGUGUUACGCCAAGAAUGGCCAGGUCAUUGGCAUUGGAGCAGGACAGCAGUCUCGGAUACACUGUACUCGCCUUGCAGGGGAUAAGGCAAACUGUUGGUGGCUUCGACAUCAUCCACAGGUGCUUUCAAUGAAGUUUAAAACAGGAGUAAAGAGAGCAGAAAUAUCCAAUGCCAUUGAUCAGUAUGUUACUGGAACCAUCGGUGAGGAUGAAGAUUUGAUAAAGUGGAAGGCACUCUUUGAGGAAGUUCCAGAAUUAUUAACUGAGGCCCAGAAGAAGGAUUGGAUUGACAAACUCAGUGAAGUUGCUGUCAGCUCUGAUGCUUUCUUUCCUUUCAGGGAUAAUGUAGACAGAGCAAAAAGGAGUGGUGUUGCUUACAUUGCUGCUCCUUCCGGGUCUACUGCUGAUAAAGUUGUGAUUGAAGCAUGUGACGAACUGGGAAUAGUCCUUACUCAUACCAGCCUUAGGCUCUUUCAUCACUGAUUCAACCUACAGUUUUGGGAAUUUUGCUUCUGUGUUAGUUGAAAAAAAAAAUAACCAUGUUUGAACAUGCCCUUUUUUCUUUUUCUUUUUUUAAGAAGAAAUAUUAAAUACUGAUAAUCUUGGUUCUCUGUGUUUGCUAGUUCUGUUUAAUCUAUCACUAAUAUAUAAGCUAUUUAAGGCAG